AGCUUGUGGCGUUCACCAGAUGCUUGAUGUGGUCGUUUUGUAUGACACAUCAUUGAGUCUUACUUCUGCUGAUUUAGCUGACCAGAUAUCAUUCAUAUAUAACUUGGGAUUCCAACUCUACUUGCAUCCUGACCACACAAACAUAGCGGGGAUAGGGGUAGACAAUUCAUCCCACUUCGGCUGGGGUCUACGUGACUACAUGACUACAACUGACCUAUGGUUUUUUAUGCAAAGUAAUGUUACCCUUACAGGAGGGGGAUCCGAUUUGUCGCCUGGCAUGGAUAUGGCUUGGAACAACAUAUUGUCCUCAAACGCCAGAUCUGGGUCAACACGGUGGUUGCUAGUGCUUACAAGCACGACUGUUAUGUCCUCCACAACAAGUCUGGACGCCAUGAAGGCAGCUGGUGUCAAAGUAGGAUUCGUAUCUACCCAACCCGCAACGUCUUAUACAAGUUUAGCUUCCGAUUCCAGAUAUAUAUUAGGUGGAUCGACGUGGUCCACAAUUUCUGCACAAGCUGUCGCUGAACUUAUGUUUUGUCCCCCCUAUUGUGAAAGUUUUGUAUUUUACUAUGACCUUCCUAGCACAAUGUCUAUUAUUGCCGACACCAAUUCCAGAGUAAGUGGAGAAGGUGCUUACAACAUCCACUGCUGCGGAGCUUUGGCGUCACUGGAGUAUAAAGCCGCAACAUCCGGGUCUUUUGUGUUACAGGUCUGGAGAGCUGAGUACUUGGCCUAUCAGACGACAAUUACUGCUAGUGUGGGGUAUCAAAGCUACACAUUUUCACCGAAAGUGGCUAUUGCAGCGGGUGACGUCCUUGGAUGGUACUCAGCCGGGGUAAAUCCUAUCGGGAUAGCGGCUAACUGCUCAGGAGAACUUUGUCAAAAAGAGAUACGACGGGUAACCGAUAUGGGGUCGUUGGCAGUCGGAGACUAUUACGCCUGGUCCUCGGCGUAUGCGAUGCCAGAUACUGCUUUUGCGAUCAAGUUUACGAUGGUUAACGGGUUGAUCAGCUUGAUGACGACACUUCCGGUCACUGGCGUAGCGACGCCGUACUUUUUAUCGUUGUCAGUCUUCGACUCCUGUUUGAACACUGCCUCUGUUGCUAUCAACAUCACAACUGUCGUCGUGCCUCUGGCGAUCAACAAUCUACCGACGGAAGUAGAACUAGGCGAUGACACCAGUUCUGAGACUUUACUUAUCGUCAUCAAUGCAACCGAUCCAGCUGCAGACAGUAUUUCCUGUAUGUUGACCUCCAUCUUGCCAGAGACAACAAAUUUCAGAGUGGAUGACUACUUGAAUGGAAACUGUGAAAGCUUUGAUUUUUAUUAUGAACUUCCCAACUCCAUGUCUGUCAUUGCCGACAAAAAUUCCAAUGUUGGAUACUAUUUGAUAUCUGAGUCAAAAGGGCCAAGUGCUUACAAUAUCCACUGCUGUGGAGCCCUGUCGUCAUUAGAUUUUAAGGCAGCAACAUCCGGGUCUUUUGUGUUACAGGUCUGGAGAGCCGAGUACUUGAUUUAUCAGACCACUAUUACAACUACAGCAGGAGUGAAUCCGAUCGGAAUGGCCACUAGCUGUGUAGGGGAUCUAUGUCCACAAGAUAUAAAGAUAGUGACGGACAUGGGGUCGUUGUCAGUCGGAGACUUCUACGAUUGGUCUUCUGCGUCUGCGAUGCCGGACACGGCUUUUGCUAUCAAGUUUACAAUUGUCAACGGAACAGUUCCUACAUUUUCCGGUGGUAGUUCACCCAUAUCGAUAUCAGAGAGUUUAACUGUGGGAUCUAGUGUUACAGUCGUGAGCUUAACUGAUGACUUUGGCGACCAGUUUAUGUUUUCCGAUUUAGGAAAUCCCUACUUUGGGAUUAAUCAAACAACAGGCUUAAUAAGCUUGAUGACAUCACUUCCUGUCACUGGUGUAGAAACGCCGUACUUUCUGACUAUGUCAGUCAUAGACUCCUGUUUUAACACUGCCUCCAUUGCCAUCAACAUCACUACUUUUGUCCAGCCUCUAGCGAUCAACAAUCUGCCAACAGAAGUAGAAAUUGGUGAUGACGUCAGUUUUGAAACUUUACUUAUCGUUAUCAAUGCAACCGAUCCAGCUGCCGACAGCAUUUCCUGUAUUCUGAGUUCGAUUUUACCAAAUACUACAAACUUCAGAUUGGAUGACUACUUAAAUGGAACUGCUGGUAUGUUUCUAAAUGCUGGUGCGGCGCUGGACUUUAAAACAGUUGAAGAAUACAAGAUAUCCAUUACCUGUACAGGAAUGUCAUCAACGGAAUCAUUCAUGACAGUCAGAAUCUUGGACAAAUCUGUUACAACACCAUAUACAGUGCCAGCGUGGGCGGCGGGCGCCAUCGUUGUUAGCGUGGGAUCGGUGGGCGUUGUCCUUGCUAUGGUCUGUUUCCUCAUUGUUGUCAUCCUGGCAACCACGGACGAAGCAGAAGUAAUGCCACCUAUGGAAGAAGAUGAAAACGACAAAACGCCACUCGAUGAUGUUGCACAGAUGUGUAAAAUCAUUGAUAGAUGGGAGUCUGAACAAGAGGGAGUCGGAGAAAUUUGAUACCUAUGCGCAUUUCUAAAUUCCUGUCUACUUUACAGAAAUAUGGUACAAGGCUUAUCAAAUGUUUUCAUUUAUCAUUUAAAAACAUUUUGUUUAUAAUCUUUAUGCCCACAUAUUUUUUUUCACACCAUUUUGUUUAAUGGUUUUGUGAAGAUCGUGUGAUUUAAUAUGGCAUUAAAUAUCCAUUAAUAAAAAUUGCGCAAGUAGGUAAUUAGAGACGCGAUAUUAUUUUUCAAUAUAAAAAGAACUGUUUCAAAUUAACUGUUAUGAUAUUCAA